CUCUCUGCGGGUCUCAUCUGACAGAGGAAGCUCUCUGAGACCAGCACUGGGCUGCUGUAGUCUUUCUCUUGGAUGAGAUCGUCCUGGCUUGGGAUUUCGUUGGUCUUAGUUCAGAUUGCCCUGGUGCAGUCAGGACUUUUUUAGCAGCGGCCUGGACCGAAUGUGGAUCAAUCUUAAUUGGUUUUGGGCUGGUUCCGAGACUACAGGUCGAGCCGAGGCCAGUCAAGACUGGUUAGGUGCAUGUUGGAGCCAGUUUAAAUGUCUCUGCAUGAGUUUCUUCGGGAGGGUCAGGAUGCCCCACAGCGGAUUCUGUCCCGACUGACCCAGCUCCUCUACAACCUAUCGGCCACGGUCUUACAGGGGGUCCCCUUCUCUCCUUUCACAACCUUCAGCCGCAAGAGCUCCUGGAGGGACUGGAACGAUGAGAUUAUGGAGCAGGAGAUCAGUCCUCUGUGUGCCGCAGACAUCAGCCCAGACCUCAGGAAACAGUUUGCCUUCCUGUCAGGUGGCCGAGGACUGAGCGGCAGCCCCAUCAUUAUUUUCCCAGAGUACCCUACGUUUGGUGAGUUGGAGGAACAGGAGUUUCUCAACGUGCUGACAUACCUGACCAGUGUUCCCAGUGUCAGCUCGACGGGGGUCGGCUUCAUCCUGGUCAUUGACCGGCGGCAAGACAGAUGGGCAUCAGUGAAGGGGACGCUUCUGCGGAUUGCGGGCUCUUUCCCAGGUAACCUGCAGCUGGUGCUGGUACUGAGACCCACAGCAUUCUUCCAGCGGGCAAUGUCAGACUUCUUUUUUAGGUUUAACAAGGAUGAGUUUAAAAUGAAAGUGCCGUUGAUCAUGCUCAGCUCUGUGACUGAGCUCCACAGUUACAUCGACCGCACACAGCUCACUCAGGAACUGGGCGGCACACAGGAGUACUGCCAUGAGAAAUGGAUUUCACACCGCACCGCAAUUGAAGGUUUUGCUCUGAUGGUGAAGAAAACGGCUCAGACUCUCCAGUCUUUUGGGACAGAGCUGGCGGAGACAGAGCUGCCCAAUGAUGUUGAGGCCACGUCCAACCUUCUAACGGUUCACACAGAGAAGAAGGACAAAAUGAAGGAGGACUUGAAGAUCGCUCUCUGUCAGGGAUCACGUUUGCUGGAGAGCAUCAAUGAGCCGCUGGUGAAAGAUCCAGAUUACACCAUGAACCAGGAUGAACUGGAGAACCUGGCUACUGUUCAGAGGUUGCUUGGUCAGUUAGAUGAGACUGAAACAGCAUUUGAUGAUUUUUGGGAUAAACAUCAAGCCAAGCUAGAGCAAUGUCUACAACUGCGGCAUUUUGAGCAGAACUUCAGGGAGGUAAGAGCUCGUUUAGACAUGGUGUAUGACAGAGUAACAGGCUUCAUCGAGGUCGGAAUUAUCCCCGCCCAUGUUGAACAUACCCUGAAAGAGCUGACCAAUCUUGAAGAGAGAGCAUGUGAGGUGUUGGUCCAAGCGCUGGCUCUAGCAUGUGAUGCUGACCAGCUGAUUGAAGCAUCUCAUUACGCUGUGGACUCCAUCCUGCCCAAACGCUCUGAGUUGCGGGCUGUGUGCGAGGAGAUCAGAGGUAUCCUGGAGGCCAAGAAAACACAUCUGAUCAAAGGCAUGGAGCUACACCAAUGUCUAGAGAAGGCAACUAAAUGGUGUGAUGAUGGGAUCUUCCUGCUAGCAUCUCAAACUGUAGAUAAGUGUCAAUCACAGGAUGGGGCGGAGUCAGCGCUGCAGGAGAUUGAACGUUACUUGGAAACAGCCAAUCAGCAAAAGCUGACAGAUUUGAGUGGACUUUGCAGGGACUAUGAGUCAGUGCUCACACAAGACUUCAGGGACCAGAUGGACAAAGUGUUUCAGAAGCAGCUGUCCAUGCAGGAAAUGUUUGAGAAGAGGAGGGUCAGUCUGAAGAAGUUAGCAACCAAACAGACACGACCCGUGCAGUCCGUCGCCCCACGUCCUGAGGCCAUCAUCAAACCACCCAUCUCUUCUCCAGCUGAUAUGGAGAAGACUAUAGAGGGUGAUAUCAUCAAUGGAAACAGCAGUAAAGAUGAGAUGCCCUUACAGAAUGAGGACAGCAGACACCUGUCUGUCUCUGAUGAAGAGGAGAACUUUGCUGUGCUUAGACGGCAUGUGAUGAACGAGCUGCUGGAGACCGAGCGAGCGUAUGUGGAGGAGCUGCUGUGUGUGCUGGAGGGUUAUGGAGCAGAAAUGGACAAUCCUGCCAUGGCUCAUCUCAUCCCUAAUACACUGCUUCACAAGAAGGACAUCCUCUUUGGCAACAUGCCUGAGAUAUACCAGUUCCACAAGAAGACUUUUCUUUGUGAACUGGAAGCGUACACAGACUAUCCUGAGCUUGUGGGGCGGUGUUUCUUAGAGAGAAUGACGGAUCUGCAGAUCUAUGAGAAGUACUGUCAGAACAAACCUCGCUCCGAGUCUCUAUGGAGACAGUGCUCUGACUGCGCUUUCUUCCAGGAGUGUCAAAAGAAACUGGAACAUAAGCUUGGUUUGGACUCAUACCUACUCAAACCUGUGCAGAGAAUAACCAAAUACCAGCUCUUACUGAAGGAACUGCUGAAGUACAGUAAAGGCUGUGAGGGUGAGCAUUACCUGCAGGAGGCGCUCUCAUCUAUUCUAGGCAUCCUGAAAGCUGUGAAUGACUCCAUGCACCUUAUCGCCAUCACUGGAUAUGAAGGCAACCUCGGUGAUCUGGGCCGUCUGAUGAUGCAGGGGUCAUUCAGCGUGUGGACGGAGCACAAGAAGGGUCACGUGAAGGUCAAAGACCUGGCUCGCUUCAAGCCCAUGCAGAGACACCUGUUCCUGCAUGAGAAAGCUCUGCUCUUCUGUAAGAAACGAGAGGAGAACGGAGAGGGUUAUGAGAAAGCACCUUCAUACAGCUUCAAACACUUACUCAAUAUGAGUGCUGUAGGUAUUACUGAAAACCCGAAAGGAGACAACAAAAAGUUUGAGAUCUGGUGUAAUUCUCGAGAGGAGGUGUAUAUUGUACAGGCGUCGACACCAGAGAUCAAAACGGCAUGGGUGAAUGAGAUCCGGAAGGUUCUAACUGGACAACUAAAUGCCUACAGAGAGGCGAGCCAGCAGAAGAGCUUAGAUCAGACCUCACAGUUAACUCCCACCUGCACCAGCCUAAACCAGAGCCCCUUCAAGACCAACCCAAAGACCCUCAAGAAAGGAGAAGAGAAGAAAACUGAACCCACAGCAGCAGAUCCCAGUACAGCCAUCAGUCCCACCACUGAGAGAGCUGCAGUGGCUAAAAAACGUUUUACACUGCAGGGCUUCAGUAACCUCAAGAGUCAAAAAGAGCCCUCUGGUGGGAAAAGCUUAACACUACCCAUGGUCACUCUCUGCACUCCAGGAUCAUCCCCCCAUAGUCCUGACCACAAAACUAAAAGACAUGAGAUUAAGAGUGAUCCUACACCGUUUGGCUUCAGAGACUUCACCGAGGCACUGCACCCUGUGGAUACAUCUGAUAAGAAUGACGGUUACUCGAGUGCCGAGGAUCCCAUGAACUCUGAUCCUGAGGAUGAGGGAGGGAGAAAACUGUCUCCAGGCAGGUACGUGGUUGUUGCUGACCAUGACAAAAGCGGACCACAGGAGCUGACGGUUAAGAGUGGAGACACAGUGCAGCUGGUGAGAGAGGGAGACGAUGGACGCUGGUUUGUACAUAAUCUGCGGACUAAUAAGGAGGGCUGGGUCCCUGCUGCAAACUUGCUCACUCUCAUCGGAGAAUCCAAAUCUUCUCAAUCGCUCUACAGCUCCGAAGGCAGUGGAUCUGGAAACCUCAGCACGUCCUCCAGCUGCAGUGAAACCUACACAAGCUUCUCGGACAUCAAAGCCUGAAGCUGCUGCUCCACUGCCUUGUGACAGCCUCUACACAGUGCACUUUCUACUGAAGCUCCUCGAGUCUCUGUACUGUAUUGUAUUUAACUUCAUCAGCCGAGAAAGGAAUUGACCUCUGCAGUCAGUAUGCACUAUUCAGGUUAUUUUAUAUAGAGCGUCACACUUUCUCAACCUUUCCUCCUCCAUAAGAGAGAGAGAAAAAGUGUCUUCUGUUCCCCAUUCAAAUGUGACUUUACUUUGAAAGUAUCAGCGUGAUGCUGUUUGUUUCACGUCUAAAUGCGUUUCCUCAAAGAUUAAAAGCGAAAAGGGCUCUUGGUCGAGUCGGCAUUAUCAUCAAAGCUGCCUGCAGUUUUAAAAGUCUUUAAAUAUACAUAAAAAGGACUCUCAUUCAACUUUAAUGUACGACCACAUGAGCUUCCACUGGUUUUAUAGAUCUUGCGUUGAGAAUAUCAGUGUCUUUUUGCAAUGUCUGACUUUGUUGGCAUCUAAAGCUUGUAGCAGCAACACAAUGAAAUUGUUUUAUAUGAUAAAGAUUCUUGAGGUUAUGCCCGGUGAAAAGUCCUGUUAUUCACUGUAUGCAUUAAUCUAAAACAGCUGUAUAGUUUAAAUUAUUUCCUGUAAAAGAAGAUUUGUACAGAUUUAACAUUUUAUCUCAUGUUUUUCAUUAAAACCGUAUAUACAUAUUGUAUAUUAUGACCACUGUUGUUGUCAUGAAAAUUAAAUGAAAUGUAUUUCAUUGUAUUUUGUAGUAUUGGUGACUUUACUGUUCUGCACCAUUUGUGUACAAUUAUUAUAAUUUUCCAGUAACAACAUACCAAGUGUAUUCACUUUUUGUCAUGUAUUUUGUCACCACAGAUUGUUUAUUUGGCUCGUUCAAAAUGUAAUGUCUGGAAAGUGAUAAUUGACAUGUAACAAUCAUUCAGCUUUUGUAAGACUUCUGUUAAUGGUCAGAACCUUUUGUCAAAUAAGUAUUUCUUGAUAAAGCUUGACAGAGUUAAUCAAUAUCAAUAUUUCUCAAAUCAGAUUUAAUCAAGGAAGAAACUACUAUGAUUUCUGCCAUUUUUGAUCACCAAGGCUUUUCUGUGCUUAAAUGUUUUGUCCCCAUAACUGUCUUUUUAACAUGUUCAGCAAUACAAAAAGUCAUUGUUAAUUUAAGAUUUUAUAUGGCACAUUGCUGCAUGUUAGUUUAUCUCUCUGUAUUUUCAUUUGAAAUUAAAAUAUUUUCCUGUAUUAAGACUCGGAUCUGUGUAAAUAUGUAUCUAAGAGGAUGUAUGGGAUGAACGGAUUUAAAAUGCUUAGGGUAAAAUAAACUUCACUGAAAUGAUUUA